GGCGUUUCCACGCUUCAGCAGCCGGUGACAGAGCAGCAAGCGGACAGACGAGGCGGAGACCAGCGAGAGAGCGGAAUCACGACCAUCCGUAAACCCGGCGUUUCUGUUUCAUUGCCUCCCAUCGCUGACUGACAGCUCGUCCCACCCGUGUCCCCUUCACGGCCGCGUUUCCCCACGCCGAUACCGCGUACUCGAAUCCAUCACUGAGCGACCCGACACCGCCGGAGCGAGUCGAGACGUCGGACGGAGUGGACGUCCCUCCUGCAGCACGUCUCUCUCAGGCCGAAAUUAAAUUCCCACAGAGCUGCUUCCUGUGCGAGCCAGAGGAGAUUAUCUUCCCGCACACUCCGCACAGCUCGCUCCCUGUCUGUAGCUGAGUCAUUUGUUGCUGCGCUCGGGAUCAUGGCGGAGUACGGCUCUCUGCUCAGCGACCUGUCCGAAAACAUCACCAACGAAGACUUGGAGCAGCUCAAGUCGGCCUGCAAGGAGGACAUCCCCGAGGACCAGAGCAACAACAUCACCUCCUCCAAGGAGUGGUUCAGCUACUUGGAGAAGAACGACAAGCUGGCCCAAGAUAAUCUGUCGUACAUCGAGCACAUCUUCGAGAUUUCGCGGCGACCAGACCUGCUGACGAGGGUGAUCGAGUACCGCACCACCGUGCUCAAGAUCUCUGAGGAUGAUGAGAUCGACACCAAGCUAACACGCAUCCCCUCAGCCAAGAAGUACAAAGACAUCAUCCGCCAGCCGUCUGAAGAUGAGAUCAUCAAGUUGGCCCCGCCCCCUAAAAAAGUCUGAGCUUGAGACCCCGCCCCCUCGGCCCCGAUCUUUGCGUCUUGAUUUCUUCACUCCUGGCACUCCAAUCAACUGACCAACCGUUUCCAACCAACCCCGUCCCCCACCACAACCCCUUCUUCACACUUACAUGUACCACACACACACACACACACACACACACACACACAAGCAGCCACUUACUAAGCAACCAAUCGGAUCGUAGUGAUGCAGCCUCUCCUCAAGACAGGAAGCUGUGAGGGUGGGAAAAAAGACUAUUAAAGAAGAAGAAGAAGAAGUGUGGAGAUGGACUGACAAUGUGUGUGUGUGUGUGUGAGGAGAGAGAGCCAAAGUCUACCCUCGACUAGAAAGCUGAGUGGGUCAGUUCAGAAUGUGUGUAAUGUGUAAACACUGUUCAAUCUGUGAUGCUGUGUCACAUUCGUGUCCGUCUUUUAAAUAUGAAGCCGGAAGCAGCUUAGCUAGCUUAGCAUAAAUGUUGGAAACAUGUGGGAACAGCUAGCCUGGCUAGCCUCGUGUUUUUGGACUAGUUUUGUUAGAGGGAUUAAUUAAAUAGGAUCUUUUAGUGACUUUUAGGUGUGCUGGUAGACAGACGGCCUUGUUAGUUUUGGACAGAGCUAAGCAAGCAAUUUCCCCCCCAAUUUCCAGUCUUUAUGCUAGGCUAAGCUAACUGACUCAGCUAACCUAUUCAUAUUUGUCACACAAUGAAAGUGGUGUUGAUUUCCCAAACUGUCUGACCAUUCCUUAAAGGCUUGUAUUAUUCAUCUAAAAGAAACUAGACUCACAAAGUUACUGUGUUCUUGCCUCUUUUGGCCACAUUGUCGUGAGUUUGAGAUUUAAAGUCAAACUUAAAGGACGGGACUGUCACUGUUCUUCAGCUAGAGGUUCUGUAUGAAUUCCCUUUACUCUUAAUGCAGAUAAUUAUAUCAUGUAUCGAGAGCAAAUAAGAAAAAAAGUCUAAUAUUUUAGAAGAUAUUUAAAGUUGAUUUUCAUAGAAAAGCCAAUCUUUGCCUUUAGCUUAUGAGUCAUAGCAAGAGUUAUUUAGAGAUAAAAUAUUUAGAUGGGAAAAUCCUUUCUAUAGGGGCCUGCUAUGGAUUUUCUGUGUCCAUAAGUUCUCUUCUCAUCAAGAGGAGCAGUUAGACCAGUUAGAAAUGAAAGUCUGUUGUACAAGCUGGCUAGAGAUGUAAAUAAACAAAUAAUAUAUUUCCAGAAAAUAUAGCAGAAAUAAUAUAUUGACCUGCAGUGUGCUUAGAGGGCACUGUGGCUCUAGCAGCAAAGUUCCACGUCUCAGCAAGCACUAAAAGUACAUCUACUACAGAGAAUUAAAAAAAAAAGUAUAUUUUGAAAGACCAUACUGGAUAUUAGUUAUAUUUGCUGUGUGAAAAUGUGUGGCGAGACAAGCACUAAACUUUCACGCCUUUGUUGCCAUUUCGUCCGUUGCACCGAAAAUAACUGACCAGCUUGGGAUUUUUCACUGUCUGAAAGAGGACAAACUAAGACCUCUGGAAAUAAAAGUGCAGAUGAAAAUGAAAGAAAGACAACACGGCAUGUGAUAAUAAAACAUGUCCUUUAGGUAGAGUGUGACGUGGAUCUCUACUGACCGGCUCAUGGCCUGCUGACUAUGCCAUCCCCGCCAUGCACCAACAUAAUAGCUAGCAAGACUGUUGAAUCUAAACUAUAAUAACUGCUCUUUUGAACACUGUGUCUCUUUCUUUCCCUGCAUUGAAGCCUUAGAGGACUUUGUGUCUACCCCAACGUUUUUCACAACUGUGAGAGAUUUGCGUGUGAAGCGCAGACGGUGCACACGUCAAGUUAAUCAAAAUGGCUCUCACUUUUAAAGAGAGCGAGGCUACUUUAUUUUUUCCGAAACUCGCUAAGGACUUCAGUGUUGGUGUGUGCAGAAUGUCUGUGGGUGUGUUUCUGCCCCCAUCUUUGCUGUUAUCAAAGCUGUAGAAUCUAAAAAAAAAAAAAAAACAACAACAACAACAAAACAAUUAAGCAACAUCAUAAAAAUCGUUUCUGCCCGCCUCCUUCCUUUCCUUCACCACUAAACUCCAACCCCGUGCCAACGACCAAGACUUUUAUUUUGAUCACAGUUUCCGUGAUCACGUUUUUGUUUGUUUGUUUGUUUGUUUUCUUUUAUAUUGCUCGAUGUAUAUUGUAGUGUUGGACUGAUUUGUAUCCUAUGCAUUUAUGUCUGUAAGAAAGCUCUGCACUGUAACAUAUCCUCCCAACAAAUCACUUAAUUGAAAGAACUGAGCUCUUUAAUUGUGCUAAGUCACUGAAAGGAACUGAAAGUGUGUAGUUUCAGGAGAGAAAAUAAACAAUUUGUAGUCAUUAUUUAUUGUGAAGCUGGAAAAAAAAACUUGUUAGACCAAAUAUACUGUACGACUCUCAUUCUGCUCUUCUGCAAGACAAGUCUUAAAUAUUCAAUAUUCCUUUAUAGGCCUUGUUUACUUAAAACAAUAGCCCACCCUGAAAUAUUUUAACACUGUUAUAUACUGAAUUUAAUCAUUUUGCAGUUGAGGUUUUAUUCAUUCAGAGGAUUGGUGAGCCCCUGACUUUUCUUCUAGCACCACCAGCAGCUUAACAUUUGUGGUUUGCUGUAAAAUGUCCCAACAAUUAUUGCUAUAAAGUUUGUUACAGAGAUUCAUGACCCACUCAAGAUGAACUAUGAUAACUUUGACUUUGAUUCCCUUUUCAUCUCGUGCCAUCAACAGGCCAAGAUGUUUAUUCGUCAAAGGCUUUGGUUUUGUGUUAAGAGAGUGUCCAAAAGAGACCAAAAUUUAAAUUCGGCGACCAGACCGUCGUCACCCUCAGACUGCAGCACUUCAUCAGAAAAUCGAUCACAGUAUCAACCUUUUGGGAUUGAUGAAAUAUGACGGUGUCAGAGUAUUUCUGGUUGGGUCUUGCUAGGCCUGAACCCCAGUGAAGCGGUAACUGCCUUCCUGUCGCUUGAGCCAAGUGAAUACAACGUGGGACUGCAGCAUUGAUGCCUGAAGCUGAACCGAGAGUGUUUUGUCAGGCAGAGGGAGGCAGCUGUUCUUACUGCUAUGACCUGUGAGUGAUGGCCUUUCCCACUGUUCAAGUGGAUGUGAUUAUUGUCCUUAAAUGUUAGAUUGCCUCACCUUUUUUUCGGUGAAGAGCUUUGAUGAUUUCUCAAACCAAAUAGCAGGUUUUUCUUUCCAGAUUCUUAGCAUGUGUUUCCACUAUUGUACACAAUUUCAGCAAGGGAGGAUACAGGCCUUUGUAGGCCUACUUAUUUUUUUCUUUUCUCCUUUUCAUUUGAAGUGCUUUUUGAAUAGCAACUUGUGAAUUUAGAUGUGUGUGACCGAGUGACUUUUAUUUUUUGUUUUCCCUCUCUUUUUCACUCUCAGUCUCAGUAGGCAGUGGGUUCACGUUAGCAAUCGUGUGGUAGUUUGUCAGUAGUUCGUCCAUGCAUAUCUGUGAACAUCAAAAAAAAAAAAGAUAAAAAAUCAGUCUGUGUGAUGCU